AGGACCGAUCUUAAAUCAAAAGAAGAAGAGAAGGAAAAUAUUCGCUCUCUCUCUCUCUCUCUCUCUCUGUCUGAGAUAUUACAGGAUAUAUUUAAUAGUCUUUGUAUCGGUCCUUAAUAUUUGCCGAUCUUUUUGGGGGGAUUCUCAGAAGUUCAAGAUGCCCAACUCCAAAAAAGUGUUGGAAUUGUUCUACGACGUUGUAUCUCCUUACUCUUGGCUCGGAUUCGAGGUAAUGUGUCGCUAUAGAAAUGUGUGGAACGUUGAUCUCAAAUUACGACCGGCAUUUUUGGGAGGCAUUAUGCAAGGAUCAGGCAACAAGCCCCCAGGUCUGGUCCCAAAUAAGUUUCUGUACAUGACAAAAGACUUGGGCCGUCUCGCUCAGUAUUUCAGCGUGCCCCUGUCCAGCCCUUCAGACCCCUUUGAGGCCAUGUUUGAGAAAGGUUCUCUUGCAGCCAUGCGCUUUGUGACGGCGGUGGAGGAGAAGACAGAUGGUGAUGCUAAGGUGGAGAAGGUGUCCAGGGAGCUGUGGAAGAGAAUCUGGAGUAAAGACCAAGACAUCACCCAGCCUGCCUCCCUCACAGAGGCGGGUCUAAAGGCUGGACUCUCGGCCAGUGAGGUUGAGGAGCUGCUGAAGUUGGCCCAAUCAAAGCCAAUCAAAGACAAGCUGAAGAACACCACACAGGAAGCACUGGAGUAUGGGGCUUUUGGCUUCCCUCUGAUCGUCUGUCAUGUGGAUGGGAAACCUGAAGCAUUCUUUGGCUCAGACAGAUUUGAGCUGUUGGCUCACUGCAUAGGAGAGAAGUGGGUGGGACCACAACCAAACACGCCUGCUGCCAAAAUGUAAAACACUUUGGAUUACAGUAUCACAGUAAAAUGAAAAACAGGAUCUUACACAAGGAUCUAACUGUAGAUAAUUUGUUUGUAAUUCAUUUUUCCAUGCAUGGUUGCGUAGGUUUGAAGUGGUGUUGCAACUAUUUAAAAUUCAGUACAGCAGUUCUAAUAAACUUCAGAGUUCAUCUUGAGUUAUCAAGCAACACUAAGAAUGCUAAUGAUGUUGUUCAUUCACUGUGUAAUCAUACCAAAAAGGUAUGCAGGGGGACUGAGAUCUAAAUUGCAGAUCCUGUUGUUAAAAACAACAGCCCAGUAGUGAGGGAACGGUGUUAUUUUUCUGAUAUAAUUAUGCUUUGUCUCAGUUAUAUUAAAUUGCCUAAAAUGUAUAUAAAUAAUGAAACAAAAA